GCCGCGGGAGUGAGAGUCGUUCCCACGUGAGAGGCUCGGAGGCCGAAUUCUUCUCGCGCGGCGGCCGCGGACAGCCCGGCGUCCGGCCGGCCGGAGAGCCCUGGUCCGGUGCGCGCGGGCGGCCCGGCGGGCGGCGGGGGCGGCGCUCGGCUGCGCCCCGAUGCGGCGGCCACCCCGGGGGCUGUGAGCCCGGCGCCGGCCGUCGGAGCCCCCCGCGCCGCCGCGGGCAGCGCCCCCCGGGCAGGCGGCAUGCGGGCGGCCGACUCGGGCAGCUGGGAGCGCGUCCGCCAGCUCGCGGCGCAGGGCGAGCCGGCGCCUUCCUGCGGGGCGGGGGCCGGGCCGGCGCGCCCCCCGGGGCCCUCGGCCUGCGAGCUGGGUGCGGACGCGGCCGGGCCCGGCGAUCGGCCCCGCGCCGGGGCACCCUCCGUUCGAGCGGAUGGCGACUGCAGCCAGCCCGCACUUCUGCGGGAGGAAGUGUCCCGGCUCCAGGAGGAAGUCCACCUUCUCCGGCAGAUGAAGGAGUUGUUGAUGAAGGACCUGGAGGAGUCGCAGGGUGGCAAGUCCUCCGAGGUCCUCUCGGCCACCGAGCUCAGGGUCCAGCUGGCCCAGAAGGAGCAGGAGCUAGCCAGAGCCAAAGAAGCAUUGCAGGCCAUGAAAGCCGACCGGAAGCGCCUAAAGGGCGAGAAGACCGACCUGGUGAGCCAGAUGCAGCAGCUGUACGCCACGCUGGAGAGCCGGGAGGAGCAGCUGCGCGACUUCAUCCGCAACUACGAGCAGCACCGCAAGGAAAGUGAGGACGCUGUCAAAGCCCUGGCCAAGGAGAAGGACCUGCUGGAGCGCGAGAAGUGGGAGCUGCGGCGCCAAGCCAAGGAGGCCACGGACCACGCCACGGCGCUGCGCUCCCAGCUGGACCUCAAGGACAACCGGAUGAAGGAGCUGGAGGCGGAGCUGGCUAUGGCCAAGCAGUCCCUAGCCACACUGACCAAGGACGUCCCCAAGCGGCAUUCACUCGCCAUGCCGGGCGAGACGGUGCUCAACGGCAACCAGGAGUGGGUGGUGCAGGCGGACCUCCCUCUGACCGCAGCCAUCCGGCAGAGCCAGCAGACACUCUACCACUCACACCCCCCCCACCCUGCGGACCGGCAAGCGGUCAGGGUGAGCCCCUGCCACUCCCGGCAGCCCUCUGUCAUCUCCGACGCAUCUGCCGCUGAAGGCGACCGGUCGUCCACGCCAAGCGACAUCAACUCCCCUCGACACCGGACGCACUCCCUCUGCAACGGCGACAGUCCCGGCCCGGUUCAGAAGAACCUGCACAACCCCAUUGUACAGUCACUAGAGGAUCUUGAAGACCAAAAACGGAAAAAGAAGAAAGAGAAGAUGGGAUUCGGCUCCAUCUCGCGCGUCUUCGCCAGAGGGAAGCAGCGGAAGUCCCUUGACCCCGGCCUCUUUGAUGACUCAGACAGCCAGUGCAGCCCCACGCGACAGAGCCUCAGCCUGUCCGAGGGCGAGGAGCAGAUGGACCGGCUGCAGCAGGUGGAGCUGGUCAGGACCACGCCCAUGUCCCACUGGAAGGCGGGUACCGUCCAGACCUGGCUGGAAGUGGUCAUGGCCAUGCCCAUGUAUGUCAAGGCCUGCGCGGAGAACGUCAAGAGCGGGAAGGUGCUGCUGAGCCUGAGUGACGAGGACCUGGAGCUGGGCCUGGGCGUGUGCAGCUCCCUGCACCGGCGCAAGCUCCGGCUGGCCAUCGAGGAUUAUCGCGAUGCGGAGGCGGGCCGGAGCCUGUCCAAAGCCGCUGACCUGGACCAUCACUGGGUGGCCAAGGCCUGGCUGAAUGACAUCGGCCUGUCCCAGUACUCCCAGGCCUUCCAAAACCAUCUGGUCGAUGGGCGGAUGCUGAACUCCCUGAUGAAGCGGGACCUGGAGAAGCACUUGAAUGUGUCAAAGAAGUUCCACCAGGUCAGCAUCCUGCUGGGGAUCGAGCUGCUGUACCAAGUGAACUUCAGCAGGGAGGCCCUCCAGGAGCGCCGGGCCCGCUGCGAGACGCAGAACAUAGACCCCGUGGUCUGGACCAACCAACGGGUGCUCAAGUGGGUGCGAGAUAUUGACCUGAAGGAGUACGCAGACAACCUGACCAACAGUGGCAUCCACGGUGCAGUGCUGGUGCUGGAGCCCACGUUCAAUGCUGAGGCCAUGGCCACCGCCCUGGGCAUCCCCAGCGGGAAGCACAUCCUCCGGAGGCACCUGGCGGAGGAGAUGAGCGCCAUCUUCCACCCAGCCAACUCCACAGGCAUCCGGGAGGCUGAGCGAUUCGGAACGCCCCCUGGGAGGGCCUCCAGCAUCACCCGGGCCGGGAAGGAGGAGAACAGCGGUGGGGUCAAGUACAAGGCUGGCCGGCUGCCCCUGGGAAAGAUAGGAAGGGGCUUCAGCAGCAAAGACCCUGAUUUCCACGAUGACUACGGCUCUCUUCAAAACGAAGAUUGCGGAGACGAGGACUCCCAGGGCAGGCCCGAGCAGUGCCGCCUGGAAGGCUACAAUGGCCUGGAGGUCACCAACGUGUAAGGAGCUAGUGCUCCACCAAACCCAGCACGGAGAGACCUGGGGAUGAAGUGCAGCCGGGGACCGUCGCCACUGUACAUAAUGAUCUCAGCCUGAGGCUGCUCCCCUAGUCCCGGGAAAUCCCAGCAGACUGCCGUGACUUCAGUUCCAAGGGGGCACCAGCCCACCUGCCCCAAGCCGGCCAUGGACUUCUGUGCUCGCUGGAGGGAGACUGACCUAGAGGACCCGUCAGGGUGCCCAGCCUCUUGGUCAUUGAGGUUCCAUCUCAGAGUGACUCAGCCACUGAGCAGUCCACGUGGUCCCAGGAGCCUUGAACUGAGCCACCAGGAUGGAAAGAGGCACAGGGUUCCCCAAAACACCCUCCCAGGAGGAGCAGGCGGGACUCUAGCCAGACCUGCAGAGCCCAACAGUGACAGCACCAGGAACUGGCAAAGCUGGAGGCUGGCCAGUCACCACAAGGACCCUUCCAGCCAGCCUGAUGGCGGUCUCGGCUCCAGCAUACCUACGUGCCCCUCAUGACCGAGAACUUGGCUUCUGACUUGGGUCACUGAGUCUCUCUUGGGAGAAUGAAAACCAAGAAGAUCGUUCCCAUCCUCAAAGCCAUGUGUCACGUCAGGGUGGACGUGUUGAAGGGCUACCGGCCCCCUCCUCCUGGGAGGGGCUGCACUGGGUGGAGGUGGGUGACGACCCCUGUGGGGACGGGGCUGAGCAGCAGCAUUGCCAGGAAACGCAGACAUCCCAUCAUCAGGAUGAAGGAUGUCGUGUCGACAGGAUCAGGGAUGAAUGAGUUAGGUCCAUGACAACUGUACCAAGUGUAACAGUGAGUUUGGGGCUGGGAGCAGGGAAUUACUUGUUGUGACAUCUGUCACCUGAGACACAGGUGUGCUCACCAGUGCCCUAAUGCAGCUGAAUCUCACAGGUCACUAAAGUGGUAGAGAGCACCCCCAGCCCUCUUCUUGACUCUGCUACUGUUUUGCUGUGUGGCUUCUUCCCAGUGGCCUCACCUCUCUGUGCCUCAGCGUCUUCAUCCACAAUACUUCUGGUUCCCUCCCAGGGACGCUGUGAGGAUUAACACUUGCUAACGUCUGUAACACUUUGUAACCUCUCAGGAGACAGGUGGGAAGUUAAAGGGUCCAGGGUGGGUCUAAUUUCCCAUUUAUGACACAGAACUGAUAUUGUACUGGUUCUUUCCAACUGUUUUGGUUGGAGCAACAUGUGAAAGGAGGGCAAGAAAUGUUUAAUGUGCAGACUCUCUAGAGCCCCCGGUAGGACUGGACCUCCCAAAAAGAGAAAUAUGCCACGUGCAGAACCCUUGAAAACCAGUUUAAUUCACAUAUGCUGGCUUGAGUUCAUUGACCUCGAUGUUGAGGAAUGAUUAGGGAAAGACAGACAGCAUUGGGGUUCUAUUUACACUUCGGUUAUCAAAGCAAAUCACUUGUUGGAACCACAAUGCUUGACUUCCAUUGAAGCCUUUGGCACCAACACUCUAUAAAAGGUUUGAAUUUCUGGGAUUAGAAGCAGGAGUCAGCCUCUGAGAACCGUCAAAGCACCUGUUCUUCAACCGACAAAUUAUUUCCCCUUAAGGAAAAGCACAAACCAAGGCCCGAUGAACUUGAGAAUUCCUCCUCCUUAAGGCUGAUGACCAUGGUUUACUAACCGUAACACAAGCACAGCUUUUCUCACCACUGGAAACCAAAUGCCUAGUUGUGGACAGGUGGAUGCCCCCUCUGGUCCGAAUGUUUAACCUUCUAGGGACACAUUUCUGAUUCCAGGGCCUGAGGGGUAAAGCUCUGGAACCUGACUUGGCUUUGCUGUGGUUCCAAACCUCAGCAGACUUUAUGACAUUCAGCCACACACGGGCUGAAUGGCUGCAGAGUGGGGUCUAAGGCCGCAGAGUCCACGGCCUGAAGAGAGGAGUAAAACCUCCCUCUAACCUGAUGCCGCGGGUCACUCCCAAGCCAGCAUCCAGGCUGGGUGACCCGGUACCCCAGGAUCUGCCUCUCGGGAAGUAGCAAAGCCAGAAGGCAGUUACUCCCAUAGGGGGAGCAGGAAUGGCAGACAGACAGGUGCCUGAGUGCAGGUCUGAUUAUGUGAAACCAAUGCAUUGUUCCCUGACUCAAUCCCACUGGGGGCAAGAUGGGCAAGUGGACAAUCGGGGGGUGGGCCACUGGCAAGGACAGCAUGCCCAAAACACAGCAUUCGGCAGACGGGCCUAGGGCAAUGUGGGCAACCUCGGAUGUACCUUUUGGUCCAAACGAUGCCCUAAGAGCACAUCCUCGGGUCCCUGAUGCUCUGUAUCUCUGGCAGCCAGGCGAGCAUUUGGAGCUGGCUUUUCAGCAUGAGGAUUGGUUGGCUGACAAAUGAACAUCCGCACAGAGUUAAAUCAGGUUAGCUCUGUCUGCUGGAAAAAUCCUAAAUGUCAGCUCUGCUUCAGGAGCGGGCAAGAAGAGCAGGGGGUGCAGACUUGGCAGAGAGAUUCUGGUAGCUGGUUAACAAAAGCCGGCAGAACGGCCACCCACGGAAGAGUGACCUGCCACAUCCUGUCCAAAUGGCCUGAAUCAUGAUCUUGGUCCUUAAAGGGUGACCUGGCAUUUGGACCUGGGACCCAUAUGAGUGUGUUUCUCUGAGAGGUGUUGUCACCUGCACCCAUGGCUGCUGGCCCCUUAAAAAGAGGCAAUUGUUGCCAGAGGUUGGGCAGAACCAGGGUAGGCAGAGACACCCCGUAUUCCUCCCAGAAGCUGGGGGCCAGAGCCAUCAGAAGGCACCUGCCAGGUGGACUCAGCUUUCUGACCCCAGACACCUCUGAAAGGCUCUCUCGUCCUUGGCUGAGCAGAGCUUUUCUCCGAGAAAUCUGUCUGUAUCCGCAUCACAGUCAUCAGAGUCCAGACUCCAGGAGGCAGGGAGAAGCCCCAGGAGAACCUGGAUCAGAUGAAGUCGAGGGGAAGGGGUCUCCAUACAGCCCAGCCAGCGUGGAGGGGCCUCAGAACAGGGACCCCAAAUCUUGAGGUCCAGCAGAACAGGACAGGUUGCUAAGAUGUGACUUCCGUGUUCCGUGCUCCAAGCCUAGCUCUCCCCCUUCCCAUCACGGCCCAUAUUUCCUGGGCACCAUCACUUCCGCUCUGCCCUUUGUGGUUCCCAUGGGCUCCUGGCAGUUGAGUGACAAGAAAAAGAAGCCCUGUGGGAAAUAGCGUCUUCGGACACUGACAUCAUUCCCAGUGGUUGGCGGAUGGGGAGAAUUUCCUGAGCCCUGACACCCCGGGGAAGUUUGUGGCUGCAAAGGAAAUGAGUUGUCCAUGACCUAAGAUAAUGUUCCUGACCUUUAGUUGCUGUUCAUGGCCCGGAAUGUCUUCCCAAGAGUGAAUUUUAACACUGUAACAAUAAAUACUACCCC